AUGUCAGGACGCAACCACCACCACCAUCUCCACUCAUCUCUCCCUCGCCGCGACGAGCCUCGCCUCUCACAUUCCUCCACCGCCUCCGCUCGCUCCCUCCCGGUCACCGCCCUCGAAGACCGCAUCAACGCCCGCCACCGUGAACUCCACUCCCUCCUCCUCGAAAACCAGCGUCUCUCCGCCACUCACCUCGCCCUAAAACAAGACCUAUCCGCCACUCAACUAGAACUCCGUCAGCUCUCCGUUUCCGCCGCCGAUGUUAAAGCCGAACGAGACGCGGAGGUGCGCCGGAUCUAUGAGAAGUCGUUGAAAAUGGACGCCGAGGUACGCGCUGUCGCUGCCAUGAAAUCUGACCUUGAUCAAGUGAGGGAUAGUGUGCGGGAGCUUGCGGCAGAGAGGAAGGAGCUCACGACGCAAUUGCAGGCCAUUCAGAGUGAACUCGAUUUGGCUCGUAAGGAUUCGAAGUCUUUGCCGGCUAUUAAAGGUGAUAUUGAAGCGUUGCGCCACGAGAUUCAACGGGGAAGGAAUGCCAUUGAGUUUGAGAAGAAAACACAUGCUAAUAACCUAGAGCAAAAACGUGUAAUGGAUAACAAUAUGAUAAUUAUGACCCGUGAGGUUGAAAAAUUACGUGCCGAGCUUGCUAAUGCUGAGAAGAGAGCAAGGGCUGCCAUUGUUGCUGCUGCAAACCCAAGUCCGGGAUAUCAUGCAAACAAUCCUGAUAUGGGGUUUGUUGGAAUCGCAUACCCUCCAGAUACUUAUGGCAUGCAUCAGAUCCAUGCUGGGAUUGAAGCUCGGCCAAGAUAG